GGGCGGCCGCUGUGGAGGGGCAAAGGACGAAGAGGAGGACAGACGGCGCCUUUCAUCUCUGAGCAGCGGAAGAAGAAAGUGGUAGUAGCGCGGCUGAGUGAUCGACCGGUAGCAGUUAGGGGGUGGAGGCCUGUCGGGCGACCGGUCGUUCCAGGCGCUGAAGCCGGCGGUCGCACGUGUCUGUCUGGUCUCUCUGGUUUCCCGCUUGCUUUCUCUCACUGAUCGGCCGAAGGAAGGGAGGGAAGCCAUGGUUGGCAAGAAGAAGAAGGGCGGCGGGGGUUCGAUGGCGGCACGGGCCGAUGAUGAUGACGUGACCCUCGCGGAAGCUGACCCGAAGAGAUGCCAGCAUGAUGCGGAGGCGAUUGCCUCCUCCCCGUCGGAGCCUGCAGGAGCCUCUGCUGUUGACGUCACUGUGAAAGACGAGAAGAAGAAGAGGAGGAGGAAGAAGAAGAAGCAGCAGAUGACGGGCCCCGAUCCCGAUCUCUCGGCUAUGGAGGUCGCCCAUCGGGAUGCCGAUUCCGAAAAGCAGGCGACGAAGAAGAGGAAGGAGAAGAGGAUGGGAGGUACCUACUUUCUCACUCGUUGUGCCGGUCUGGUCUAUUUUUGGUCUGGUCUAUUUUUGGCAGCAGAGACUGACGUCGUACAGAUGUCUGAAGACGUGUCAUCUGGUGACGAAGAGGAUGUUCAGCGGAAGAAGAAGAGAAAGAAAAGGGAGAAGGGGAAGGUUGAGGUCACGCCAGGUGAUGUGGAAGACACAGGGCAAGAGAGAAAGGAUGAUCAAGCUGCAGCUAGGGAUGUCGUGGAGCAUGGCAGGAAGGACGCACAAGAGGAAGGGGAAGCCAAAGAGGGGGUGGGUCUAAGGAGAGAGAGUGCUGAAGAAGGUAGUAAGCAGGAUGUGGAAGCGAUGUGCAAGGAGGAAACUGGUAAUGGCAAAAGUGAGAAGAAGAGGAGGUUUGGAGGCAUGGAGGGAGGAGUCGUGGAAGUUAGUGGCAUUAUGAGCCAAGUAGCUUUUGACACACUGGAAGUCUCGGAGUUGACGAAAAAUGCAAUCAAAGACUUGGGCUUCACCAACAUGACAGAGGUUCAAGCCCGGUCGAUUCCGCAGCUGUUGCUGGGGCGGGAUGUGCUAGGUGCUGCACGCACGGGCUCCGGGAAGACCCUUGCCUUUCUUAUCCCUGCCGCAGAGUUGCUGUAUCAUGCGAAGUUCAUGCCGCGUAAUGGGACGGGUGUUAUCAUCAUCUCCCCGACUCGAGAGCUUGCCAUGCAGAUCUAUGGGGUGGCUCGGGACCUGUUCAAGUACCACAGCCAAACCCAUGGGAUUGUCAUGGGAGGAGCGAACAGGAGAACAGAGGCAGAGAAGUUGGGGAAAGGUGUGAAUCUGGUCGUUGCAACACCUGGACGGCUGCUAGAUCAUUUGCAGAACACGAAGGGAUUUGUAUUUAAGAACCUUAAGUGCCUGGUGAUCGAUGAGGCGGAUCGGAUACUGGAAAUUGGAUUUGAAGAGGAAAUGAGGCAGAUCAUAAAGCUUCUCCCGAAGGAUCGCCAAACUGUACUCUUCUCGGCCACACAGACAACCAAGGUCGAGGACUUGGCUAGGGUGUCCUUCAAGAAGGCACCUCUCUACAUUGGGGUCGACGACGGAAGGGCCAAGAUAAUGGUUUUCUUCUCAUCCUGCAAUGAGGUCAAGUUCUUCGCAGAGCUUCUGAACUACAUUGACAUCCCAUGCCUCGACAUCCACGGGAAGCAGAAGCAGCAGAAGCGGACGUCGACGUACUUUGAAUUCUGCAAUGCCGACAAAGGGAUUAUGCUCUGCACUGAUGUAGCUGCCAGAGGACUCGAUAUCCCGGCUGUGGAAUACAUUCAUAGGGUUGGAAGAACUGCACGUGGCGAUAAGGGUAGGGGAAGAGCACUCCUUUUCCUCAUACCUGAAGAAAUCACGUUCCUGCGCUAUCUAAAGGGCGCGAAGGUUCCACUCAACGAGUACGAAUUCCCUGACAACAAGAUUGCGAAAGUUCAGUCGCAGUUGGAAAAGCUCAUUGAGAAGAAUUAUUACCUUCACCAGUCAGCGAAGGAUGCGUAUAGGUCUUACAUUCUGGCGUACAACUCCCACUCGAUGAAGGACGCAUUCAACGUGCACAGGCUUGAUUUGCAGGCAGUUGCGUCUUCUUUCGGCUUCCAACGUCCGCCGAAGGUGAAUUUGACAGUCGAGAGCAAUGCCGCCAAAUUUCGGAAGAAGGGAGCAGGAGGGGCUCCUGGGAUGAGGCAAGGGAAGGGUGCACAUGGCUUUAGUGUGGGCAAUCCAUAUGGAAAGAAGCAGGGGAGCGCAGAUAAAAGGCAGUUUGCUCGGAUAUGAGCAUGGUGAAGUACUUUUUUUUGCUGUAAGAGGAUUCAGAAAAUUGAAUUAGAUGAUUGAAAAUUUGCUUUCCAAUUAUCGUCAAGCACGCAUGUGGCGACACACAUGAAUGAUGCUUGCCUUUUGUUUUUAUUGCCUCUGUUUGUUUGUUUGUUGAUUUUUCGGGAGUGUUGACGACUCUCUCUCUCUCUCUCUCUCUCUCUCUCUCUCUCUCUCUCUCUCUCUCUCUCCUCGCUGUGUCAUUCACAACUGUACUGUAGUUGCCGAUCUAUGGUAUGAACAAUUUUUCCACAUCUAUGUGUCUUAUUCCAACACGCGUGCACGCACACAUGCAUCCUCGGCAGACCGUCGGGGUUAAACCCUCUUCUGAUGAGUCGGUGCAAUUCCGAC